AAGAAGAGGAAUAAGAGGAGUCUGCCUCUCAGCACCGUCUCAGAUCAGGGAUGUUAGGGGACUUCCUUCCCUCACGCCCUUCCACAGUAUUAUCUCUGUAGGAUUAAGGAUGGAUGUGACAUCACAGUGUGACGGCUCUGAAGGCGACACUAAUACGAGCUCGAAGCCAUCAGAGUGCAUCACGAGCCAGCCGACAGCCAAUGGGAUACUUCCACAUCACGAAACAGUGGAGGAAGUCCCGCCCCCGCUCUCUGAUAGGCCGGAGGACGGUGACAGCGGCAACGACUCAUUAACCAACAGAUCCUCCACAGAUGACAUCGCUCAUCUCCUGCCUGACCCCCUCCAAAAACAGAAAGAUACGGACAGGUCGUCAUCUCCUCCUCCCAUUUGUACUCCUCCAUCUUCCACCUUCAGCUGUCCUCCUCCUGCUCCUGCUCCUCCUGCUCAGUCCUCCAGACACAGCUGCAGCCAUCAUCAUCCUCGUCCUCAUCCUCAUCAUCAUAGCACCAAUCAGAAGCGGCUCUCCUCCACUAAGAGCCAAAACGCCCUCAAGACAGACGCUGUCAAGAUAAAUGAAGUAGCAGGAGACGACUGUUGCGUUCAGUGUGUCCUGGGGUGUCUGUUCUGUGAGCUACUCUCCAUGUGUUCAGCUGUAGGGACGUGUCUGGCGUGUGGAUCAGAUGCUGAACUGUGCUGCGACGGUGCAGCCUGCUGCUGUUUGGAGGCAGCGGGGGAAGCGGCGUGUUCGGAGGAGGCGUGCCAGGCCGUGUUGGAUUGUGGGAUAGUGGAGGACUGCUGCAGCUCGUCCGACUUCCUGGAAGUUUGUUUGGAGUGCUGCUCCAUCUGCUUCCCCACAUAGAGCAGCCAAUCAGACAUGGACUACAAGAUGAUAUCAGAGAGAACAAGAACAGGAAAUUCCAGACGGAGUUGAUGCGUUCAGGAUGAGCGGACGCAAACAGACCUGCUAGCAUAAAGUACUGUGCAAAAAAAUAUUUGUUAGUCUUUGAAAUGUUUUUGGAAAGAAAAUGAAGUGCAGACGUGGUCAACUUUGUUUUUUUCUACAUGCUCACAUCAGGUUUUUGGUCCAGAUCUGGAUUAUUACACUCUAAACUGUGGCAUUAGUGGGGUUUUUCAAUAUCUGCCUCUUUAGAGAAGAGUUGAGCCUGACAUUAAUGCUCAUCUUAUUGUCAGCCAUCAUCUCUUCCUUACAUUCUGCUGCAUUCAAGUGACAUGUGAUGGAUGGGAAAGAUUCACGUUUACGUUUACGAGUUUUCUGACAGUCGGUCCAAUGAGGGUUCAGCUACUGACUAGGGCUGGGUAUCAUUUAAAAAGUCACACCAGUGCCAAUCCAAGUAUCCUUAAAGUACUUUCGAUACUACUUGUUAUCAAGAUACCCGGACCUGCUGACAACACAUCCAUUACAUUUGUGUAUAAUCACCAUGACGACAGACUCUGCUGAUGUACUUCUGUUUUUAUGAAGUGUCACUGCAGCUAUAUCGGAGCUUUCAGAAAAGUUGGAGUUUUCCAGUCAUAGUUACGAUUCAAUGCCUUUAUUGUCAUUGCACAGCAGUACAGCGAAACUGUGUGUCCCCUGUGGCUGAUACACAUAAAAAAACAGCAACAGACAAUAAACAUAAAACAACAGACAAUGAGACACAUAAAAGACACUAUAGAAAGAGUGAAGCUGCUGCAUCUGAACGCACCGCCAUCUUGUCUUGUGCUGAUUUUGAUCGAUUUUGAACGUUGUUUUUGAGUCAGAAUCUCAUUCUAACUCUGAUUAGACGUUAAAACAACAUUCGAAGGGGGUUCCCGCAUCGUUGUGGAUCUGGAUCACAACAUUUUGAAUGCUGAUGUUUUAAAACAAUAUUUCAAAUGAUUGUGAUUAAACAGAGACUGAGAACGUCCCGGCCUCAGGACAUAAACAUCUGUCUGUCUGACAAUCAAUCAAUCAGUCUUUAUUUAUAUAGCGUCAAAUCACUACAAAAGUCAUCUCAAGGCACUUUUUACAUAGACUGUACUCUUUAAUUUAAUUUGAAGAGACCCAACAGUCCCACAUGAGUAGCACUUGGUGACAGCGGCAAGGAAAAACUCCCCUUUAACGGGAAGAAACCUCAAGCAGAACUGGGAUCUAGGUGGGCGGCCAUCUGUGUCGACCGGUUGGGGUUGAGAGAGAGAGAGAGAGAGAAGAGGGAGAAAGGAGAAAUAAAGAGGAGAGGGAGAAAGGGAUAAGAAGGAGAGAGGUAGGGAGAUAUAUUUUAAUAACUUCACUGUCAGUAUGUUAUGUUCAGAGCUUUAUAGUGAGUUUCAGCUCAUUGUUUAGCUGUCCGGCUGCAACUUUACUGUCUUAGUUCACUCUCAGCGCUCUCAUAGCGUCGUUUGUUUAGAGAAAAAGUUGUAAAAAGCCACUGAAGGCUACCUGCUCAGCCGCACCAAACACACAAACAGACACAGUUAGCUGUAGACCAAGCAGGUUGUUUCAGAUCUUAAGAGUGAAGCCAAUGCGGAAGUGUCUUAAACCUGCAUUCUCUCUAAUGGCCAGCGGGGGGCGACACCACUGGCUCCAAAAAGAAGUCUGAUUAUAUAGAAGUCCAGUUCUCAUCUGAUUUAUUACCUCAGGAAACAGGUUCCUAAUGAGUUUAUGGUCUCAAUCACUAGUUUCAGUUCUUCUUCAACACAGCAUGAUGUUCAUUUAGUAAACUAUGGCCCCAUGUAGAGUAAAAUAGAUGAUAAAGCCGGAUAUGAUUAAGAACGUUGCCAUUUAUGAUUUACAAGUUGCUACCAUGGUGGUGCAUGAGGAGCUGUAUUUGGACCCUUAGGAGCUCCUCACUCUCAUCCAAAUAUGGUCACUUCUGGCUCCAAAAAACCCAAGAUGGCGAUGAUCAAAAUGCCAAAAUCAAUGCUUCAAAAUGGGAGUCCACAAACCAAUAGGCGACGUUACAGUGGCUACGUCCAUUAUUUUUUAUACAGUCUAUGCUGUAGACAUAGCUGGUGAACAUAGUGGAGCAUACAGCAGCAAAAAGAGCCAGAUAAUUCCCUCUGGAGUUGGUAGAGAGUAGAAACAGAGCUAAAAAAGAGUGAAUAUUGGACUAACAUUCAGCAGGUGGACAGAAACACGACUCUAAAUGAAUGAUCAUGUUGAUCAGUAACUGCUGAAUGUGUAAAUAAGUUAUAUAUCAACUUAAAAUCUGAUGAUGUGUAAAUGUUGUGUUCACUGCUUGUUUCUGAUUCACUUAAAGCAUGUUUUACAUCUACAGGAAAGUGUUUCAUAUGUCUCCUCUUCUGCAGCAGAAAUAAAGUUAAUUUUCUGACUCCUGCGCUGAGAAACAGAGA